AUCUUCUCUCUCUCUCUCUCUCUCUCUCUCUCUCUGCGUCGGUCACACCUUCCUAUUGGUUUGAAUGUUGAAACCCUAAUUCGCGGCCAUGGGAGACAGUACAGACAUGAGGAAGAAGAUAUUGCAAGAACUCUUAUUCUACGCAGCCAGCGCCGCACUAAGCUGUUUAGUUUUGUUCGCAGGACUUCGACGCCUAGACAACACCAAUCGUGACGCCUCCAAAAAAGCACUCGAACAAAAGAGACAACUCUCCAAGCGAUUAGGUCGUCCUCUCAUUCACACCACUCCUUACGAGGAUGUGAUAGCAUGCGAUGUCGUGAAUCCGGACCACAUCGAUGUGGAAUUCGAUUCUAUUGGGGGAUUGGAGAACAUUAAGCAGUCGUUGUUCGAAUUGGUGAUUCUUCCCUUGCGUAGGCCGCAAUUGUUUGCCUAUGGAAAGCUUCUUGGUCCCCAAAAGGGUGUGUUGUUGUACGGCCCUCCCGGGACUGGCAAGACCAUGCUUGCCAAGGCCAUUGCGAAGGAGUCUGGUGCUGUGUUCAUCAAUGUUAGGGUUUCCAAUUUGAUGAGUAAAUGGUUUGGUGAUGCUCAGAAACUAGGUAUGCAUCAUUGUUUGUUCACAGUCUGUGAUGUGACUUAAGGCAUUUAUAGGCUG